AUGAAAAUUAAUUUAAUAGCAUAUUUUGUUUUAAUAGUUUCUAUAAUUACUGUAGUUAAAUCAGAAUCACCAAUUAUAAAAUCAUGUUCACAUGAUUCACAAACAAAUAUGGUAUUUUUAAAAGGGAAAUGGCAAAGUAACAAGGGUAUUCAUGUUGUUAUUAAUGGUAAAACAGUAAAAACAAGAUUGUAUAAUUGGGGUAGAAAUGAAGGUGAUGAUAGUUCAGAUAUGACAAUAUAUGAUGUACCAGUCGAUAUACUUGGUGAAUCUGUUUCAAUAUUUUACUCAAAUGGAGAAAAAUCAAACCAAUGUUUUUUUCAAAGUAAAAUUUCAGGUAUUGCAUUACCAGAUACAAAUGGUGGUGUAGUAACUUUAUAUGGAACAUUUUAUAUUAAAAAUGAUAAUAACCCUUCAAUUACAUUUGAUAAUAAAAAAUGUAUAUUUGAAAGUGGUGAUGUAAAUGAAAUAAAAUGUAUGAUUGAACCAGGAUUUGGUUGCUUUUCAACAAUUUCCAUUGAUAACAUUGGUGGUUUCAAUGGUAGUCCAUUUAAAAAAACAAAUUGCUAUAAAGACCCAAUUAUUACCAAUGUAGAAAUUGAUUCCAAUGAACCAAAAAAAGCAAUUGUUGAAGGGUUCUCAUUUUGGCCAAAUGCUGAGAUUAUUUUAACUGUUGAUAAUGAUUGUAAUACAAGUUCAAGUUCAGUUGGUUGUUCAUUCGGUAAAGAAUUAAACCCUAUAAAAAUAGAAUUGGUGAAUGAUUCAACUUUUAUUCUUGAAUUUGACCAACCUCUAUCAUCAUUAUCAUAUAUUGAUAUCAAAUAUAAAAAAUUUAAUAAUCCAAAUAUUGAUCCUUCUUUAUCAAAUGAAACAAUUGAACACAGACGUUAUUUAAAUUAA